CUGGUGUGAUUGGAGGGAAACCCCGUGGACUGCAUUCACGCAGACGGGCUGAGAGAAUCAGCUGUAGCUUGGCACGCCGAAAUCACUGCUAUCUGCCAGUAUUCAGUGAGCAGUCAUGUGCGAGGCACCCCAGAAGGAACUGGUUCAAAAGGCCAAGCUGGCCGAGCAGGCUGAGCGCUAUGACGACAUGGCUGCGGCGAUGAAGCACGUGACGGAGAGUUGCCCAGAGCUGACAAACGAGGAGCGCAACCUGCUGUCAGUGGCCUACAAGAACGUGGUGGGUGCCCGCCGCUCCUCAUGGCGCGUGAUCUCCAGCAUUGAGCAGAAGACGGAGGGCAGCGAAUGCAAGAAGGCCAUGGCCAAAGAGUACCGGGAAAAGAUCGAGAAAGAGCUGAGAGACAUCUGCAAGGACGUGCUGGGUCUCUUGGACAAAUAUCUCAUUCCCAAAGCCUCCUCAGCAGAAAGCAAAGUCUUCUAUUUGAAAAUGAAAGGAGAUUACUAUCGCUACUUAGCUGAGGUGGCUUGUGGAGAGGAUAAGACAAAUAUCAUUGAAAGUUCAAGGGACGCUUACCAAUCGGCCUUUGAUAUCAGCAAAGAAGAAAUGCAGUCCACGCACCCAAUCCGCCUUGGUCUUGCCCUCAAUUUCUCUGUUUUCUUCUAUGAGAUCCUCAACUCACCUGAACAGGCCUGCCAGCUGGCAAAAAGUGCUUUCGAUGAUGCCAUUGCUGAGCUCGAUUCACUGAGUGAAGAUUCGUACAAAGACAGUACACUAAUCAUGCAGCUACUGAGAGACAACUUGACACUGUGGACCUCCGAUAACCAGGUUGAGGGAGAUGAACAAGAUGAGACCAGAGAAUGAGCCAGACCCCCGUAGUCGUCCCUGUCUACCUGCCAUCAUCCUGGCUCAUCUUCAUCACCAUCAUCAACACUGAGACCACCUCAUCAUCAUCAUUGUCGUCCAAUUCUCUCCAUCUUUUUUCUAUUUAGUUCUCUCAGUUCAUCUCAUUCCUAUCGGUUUACUAUUUCUCCUUUUUGUAGUAACUGUGGGAGAAAGGGAUGGGGAGGGAGGGAAAGUUUUAAAUUGCGUGGUGGGAGUGUCCAUGUGGAAGGGUAAAGUGUAUUUGGGGUUGGUUGCUUGUCUGCUGACCUUUUUUUGUGUGUGGGAGCAAUACUCCUGAAACAUGCAGCAGGUUGAGUUUUUAGAGUCAGAAAACAGCUUUACUGUGUGCGUAUCCUAUUCAUAUUAACCAUCCUUGAUUAACACCGUUCUGAUGAUACCUUUGUGGUUUCUCAAAAUGCAUAGUUGGCUCCACACAUGUUAGAAGACAGCAGCUGUUAAGUCUACUUGGCAAAAGGAAUGACAGCAGAGGUAAAGGCAGUGGAUGUGUGAUGGAAAGUGCUGGAGACAGAAGACAAGGUUUUGUUGGAACACAACGGUUACAUUCCAUUUACUGUCAGUUGCUCAACUUUCUACUCUUUAUUAUUAUUUUUUUUUGAUUUUGGUGACCUGCUUUUGUAUUUCUAUGUAUCAAUUACGAGGUAUAGAAAACUUUGAAGAACAAAAGAGCACACAAGCUUGGUAUUGUUGAUGUUUUUAUGAGCACAGCAAAAAAAAAAAAAAGAUCCACAUGCUUAUCUAGUUACUGCUUUUUCAAAUUAAGAUUUUUAUUUGAUUUGACUUUUAUUCUCCUUUUGUUUUCUUUCAAUACUUGCCUAAACUGCAUGUUGGUAAGAAGUAGUUUGUGGAGAUGUAAGGAUGGUUGUUGUCGGGCGGGCUAGGUUUGUUCAUGUCUUUGGAAUUUUCAUACAGAACACCCAAGCAUAACUUGUUAUUUGGGGAAAAUGUGUAAUUUCAUGUAAGUGGAAUAAAAAAAUAAUAAUUUAA